AUGAUAAACUCAUUGGAGACUCAACUUAAAACUACAAAUAAAAAAAAUAAAAAUUUUCUGGUGUUAAGCUCUUUAAGAGCAGAUUAUUACAAUCAGACUUCCAAUUUGGUCUUUGGCUGUUGGUUCUCAUUUGUGAAUGCAGAUUAUCAAGGUCUCACCAAGUCGUUCAAUCAUGGAAAGAUCUAUUGCUCCUCUGUUACAGCUAGACUUGUAAAUAUGAACAUAGGGAUUCCAUAUGAUAAAUUACAUAUUUUGCCUCUAAACCAAAAGGUUGAAAUAGCUGGUAUUGGCGUGACUUGCUUGGAUGCCAACCACUGUCCAGGUUCCAUAAUAAUACUCUUUCAACCUCCGAAUGGUCAGGUGGUACUUCACACAGGUGAUUUUCGUUAUUGUGAAGAAAUGGCAAACAACCCUUUCCUGCAGAUACGUCCUAUUAAUACUUUAAUUCUUGAUACCACAUACUGCAAUCCGCAAUAUGAUUUUCCAAAACAAGAGGCUGUAAUACAAUUUGUUAUUGACGCCAUCCAAGCAGAAGCUUUUAAUCCCAAGACUCUUUUUCUGAUUGGCAGCUAUACAAUUGGAAAAGAAAGGCUAUUCUUGGAGGUUGCUCGUUCGCUUUGCAAAAAGGUUUAUGUGACUGCAGCAAAAUUACGCCUUUUACAAUGUCUAGAAUUUACUGAGGAGGAUAUGCAGUGGUUUACUUCAAAUGAGCAUGAAAGCAAUAUUCAUGUUGCCCCUAUGUGGACACUCGCAAGCUUCAAAAGAUUGAAGCAUAUAUCAAGUCAAUAUGCGAGUCGGUUCAGUCUUAUAGUUGCUUUUUCUCCUACUGGUUGGACAUUUGGCAAAGGUAAAAAGAAGUCUCCUGGAAGAAGGUGGCAGCAGGGUACUAUUAUAAGAUAUGAAGUUCCUUACAGCGAGCAUUCCAGCUUUACAGAACUCAAAGAGUUUGUAAAUUUUGUAUCUCCCAAUAACAUUAUACCAAGUGUGAAUAACGAUGGACCAGAAUCUGCGGACGCAAUGGUUUCUCUCCUGUCAACUUGAUUUGUACACUAAAAGGGGUUCAGUCUACCCUUGUAACAUCUGUGUUUGAGAGUCAGUAAGUUGCUUGAGCAAUAGGAGCAGCAGUAACUUUUUAUGCCAAUCACUUUUCAGAGGUAAACUUGAGUUUGCUGCUUUGCCAAAAGGUUGAAAUGUGAAAAGAGAAGAAAAUAUAUAUUU